AUGGACUCUACAGUCUUGUCGCCGCCGCUUUCCACGCAUCAGAAAACAAAGCGCACUCAGCGUCGCAAAAGAUCAACUCGAGCUUGUCUGUCAUGCAGGUUUAGAAAGGUCCGCUGCGAUGUCUCUGUUCGCGGCCAACCAUGCACCAAUUGCCACCUCGACUGCAAGAAUUGCCUGGUAGUUGGACGCGCUUCCAGGCUAAAUCAGCAGGUACCAAGGAACGAGUCAAACUGGUCGCCUGAGGAUGAUUAUCAAGAGGACGACCGGCAGCUGUCGGAGCAUCUGGAAGACGAUGAUGUUCAUGAGAUCAAUAACUCCAAUGGCGCCGAAACUGUUCCCACGGCCACUGAGGCGCUCGAUGAACACCCUGGGUUAUCUUUUCACACGCCCAGUAUCGACCCUGGGAUGUUGACAUUUGGUGACGCUAUCGACGACGCGGCCUUUGAAAAUCGCCUCGGAGACAGCGAGACAGAGACCGCAGAGUUCCACUCGACAUCAUCAAGGUAUGAUGGCGGUCCGACCAUCACAGAAACAAGCGCAUCGGAACAAGAGUCCAUAUAUAGUCAUAAGACCACGGCCCCUAGAAUUCCACCGGCUCAGUCGGCGGCACAGAGGACCAACACCAGUACAACGGUGCUCUUUAUUCAUUACCCGUAUCUGAAAAUUCACAACAUGCACAUGAUUGCUCAACAAGAUCUUAAUUACAUGGAGGCUCAGGGGUGUUUACACGUUCCAAGUCGGCCGAUACUCGACAACUUUGUGGAGCAAUACUUCAGACACCAGCAUCCUCUCCUUCCACUCCUCAAUGAAGGUGAUUUCUGGGAGAUGUACUCCCAGAAGGAGUCUACGGGUCCGCAGCCCACCAUAUCACUGCUGGUGUUUCAGGCUAUGCUCUUUGCCAGUUGUAACUUCGUAUCUCUUCACAUCAUCAAGCAACUUGGUUUCUCUAGUCUUAGAACUGCUCGAGCAGAAUUCUACAGACGAACGAAGCUGUUGUACGAUCUAGGUUCGGAAACAUCGUCCCUACCUCUAGCUCAAGCAGCUCUUCUCAUGAUGGGCUGGGUACCACCUUCAAACACCACCUUAAACCCCUACAAGACUUGGCUGAGCUUGGCUAUCCAGCACGCCAGAAGUAUCAACGCGGACCGGUACACAGAAGUGCCAGAGCUAAUAGAGAUGACAUCCACGCAACAACGGAAAUACCAAAACUCUCUUCAUCGCUUAUGGUGGUGCUGUGUCAUCAUGGACCGUAUCUCGCCGCUCUGCACGCGCUUUAGCCUCAAUAUUACCCACGACCGAUUUGACUUUAGGAACACGAUCCCUUUGGGCGCCGAACACCUUCAGGACGACAUAUAUCGUUCAAGUGUAUUCACUCCAGCUACUAAACGGCGACAAAUCAGCAUUUUCUCAAAAUUUCUUGAACUUAUGAUUCUCUUGACUGAUGUACUUACCCUGACGUACCCGUUCGAGGAUUCUGUCGAAUCAAAGUCGCGAUUCGCAGAGGACAAAGACCUCACCUUUGAGAAAUGCGAGGCCGCCUUGAAGGCCUGGUAUGUGAGGGUCUCGGCUCAGUUCCCUCCCUUUGAGAAUACGCACGAAGACUCGUGUGGAAGAGAAAACGACCAGGAAAAGUCUAUUGUGCUGCAGACGAAUCUCAUGUAUAUCUACUAUCAUACUGCAUCUAUUGCACUCUGUCAUUCCAAGAUACUGCGACAGUCUCUCACAUCCGAAUCCAACAUUGAAGAUAUAGCAAGACCAGGGCGAAGUCUAAAGCUCCAGCAAAGCUCACUUGAGGUACAAGAUGCUGCUCAGAAGAUUACAGCAUGCUAUGAAGAGCUAACCCGACGUCGUUUGGCCCGCUGGCUCCCGGUAUCAGCCCUUGCUUGUCUAGCUACACCAUUGACGCUUCAUACCAUCACCGCGCGAUUGUCAUCGCUUAGUAACCAACUAUCAUGCAACGAAUCGGUGGAAGCCGGCUCAGCUCCAGCAUCAAAUCAGGAUCGACUGAAAGCACUGGUCGAGACAAUGAACGUUUUCUUUCCCCAGUACUAUGGUGUAGAGUGGGUGAGGCAAACAGUUCGACACGUUGCCAAUUUAGCCCAGAUUGACAGCCAGUGUCUAUUCAAGGCUAGUGGCAAUUCUUUGACAGAUUGGAGUCAGAUUCUGAGGAGCCAGCCGAAUAUGUAUCUGAGAAUGAUCUGGACAGUCGAUGUUUGCAUCAGUAAAGGCAGGCAGCCGGAAGAAUUUGAUUUCCCAUCAUGGCUGCGCUGCUUGUUGAAGAGGAGCAAGGGAUCAAGAACCAGACCGAAUCGACUGUCAUACACGGCUGAGCAAGCGACUAACCAGACAAACCUCGUCGAUGAUGAACUACUAGUGUUUAUUACUGAUCCCAAGCUGUCUGCUGCCGAGGAGGAUAUCUUUGGGGAACAAUUGCUGGAAAUGUUUAACCCGCAGAAGCCUUAUGAUCAACAGAGUCGGAACGGACUUGUUGAUUGUGGAACAUCUCAAGGGGCAGUGGGUGGGAUGGAUUGGGGCCUGGUUGAAGCAAUGCAUGAUGUAACAGAGAACAUGCUGGAUCGGCUGGGGCCAGACUUCAUGGCUUGA